AAGAGAAAAACGGAUUGGGUUUAUGCAAAUUUUAGUUGGCUGAUGGAUGAGAAUCAAAUAGUGAGUAGGAUUUAAGUAGUUGUGGAAGAUAAUUCUUCGUCACCAUGAGACAAAUUAGAGGAGUUAAGUGGGGAGAGGAACUGAGAAAGAAAAUUGGUGCAGCUGCUUAUAUCGAGUGCAGUUCCAAGACUCAACAAAACGUGAAAGCGGUGUUUGACACAGCAAUCAAGGUGGUUCUUCAGUCUCCACGGAGGAAAGAGGUCACAAGGAGGAGGAAGAAACAUAGAAGAUCCGGUUGCUCCAUUGCGAGUAUUGUCUGUGGAGGUUGCACCGCGGCUUAAGACACAAGACAAGUCUCAACAACAUUGUGUGUGACUCUCUUUCUAUGGUUGUUUUUCUGGUUCUUAGAUUGAAACUAUCCAACUGUGAAGAUCAGGGAACUGUUGGUUCUCUUAUUUUUAUGUGAAGCGUUCUCUGUUUUUGGUUGUGUAGAAUUGCAGAUUCUGUAACAUUCUUGUCUUGUUAACAAGUUUUUGGAUCUUUUAAGAAAUUUUGAAUUCUUAA